UUGAUGGAGAACAGUACAGAAGUGACAUGGUUCAUCCUGUUGGGACUCACCAAUAACCCACAUCUGAAGCUUCCUCUCUUUAUUACCUUCCUCCUUAUCUAUACCAUCACUCUGGCUGGGAACCUGGGAAUGUUUUUAUUAAUUCUCUUGGACUAUCGACUUCACACUCCCAUGUACAUUUUCCUCAGUAACUUGUCCUUAGUGGACUUUUGUUACUCUUCAACAAUCACUCCAAAUGUCAUAGCUGGAUUGCUUACAGAAGAUAAGAUCAUGUCCUACAAUGCUUGUGCUUCUCAGAUGUUCUUUUUUUCAACCUUUGCCAAUGUAGAAAACUACCUUUUGGUCUCAAUGGCCUAUGAUCGCUAUGUAGCAGUGUGUAAGCCCCUGCGCUAUGCCACCACCAUGACAACAAAUGUGUGUGCAUGUAUAGUCAUUGGCUGUUAUAUCUUUGGUAUCCUGAAUGCUGCCAUCUGUACUGUGGAUGCAUUAAGUCUCUCCUUCUGUGAGACCAAUGUAGUCCACCAUUUUUUCUGCGAUGUUCUAGCAGUAAUGAUUGUAUCUUGUUCUGAAAGACAUGUCAAUGAACUGGUUCUUAUUUAUGCAGCUAGCUUCAAUAUAUUUUGUGCUCUUCUAUUCAUCUUAAUAUCAUACAUGUUCAUUUUUACCAACAUACUAAAGAUGCACUCUGCUGCAGGAUAUCGCAAAGCUCUCUCUACUUGUGCUUCCCACUUCACGGCUGUCUCCAUUUUCUAUGGGACAGUCACAUUCAUGUAUGUGCAGCCCAGCUCUAGUCAUUCAAUGGACAUUGAUAAAAUUUCAUCUGUGUUCUACACCAUGGUCAUCCCCAUGCUGAACCCUCUGGUCUACAGUCUAAGGAAUAAAGAUGUGAAGAGUGCCUUUACAAAGAUUGUAGUUAAGUCAAGAUAA